CGCGAGGAAAGGGUUGAGGUCAAACCGGCGCCGCUCCUGUCCUUGAUUGUCUUCUCUUGGGUCACCAUGGCGCUGAUUAUACAGAUAUUGUGCGUUUUGGUGACGGCGGCGGCGGGUAUGGCGGCUGAAGUGCCGAUUACGAUCUUCUGGCCUUCGGACCCCUUUCGCGACGCCAACAGCGACACCCCCGCCACGCCUGAUGGGGGCGUCCAGGAUGAGGUCGUCACCACUUUAGGCCCGAGAGAUACGGGCUCAGAGAGUGGAGCAGACGUGCCCGAGGAUACGACAGAAGCUUCUGUUUCAGUUACGGUUCAAGACGUCAGCUCGGACCUCCUGAAGAUCGAAACGCCUCUGGAACAAGAGCAAGAACUAGCUGAAAGUGAAGCAGAUCUGGAAGUGAAUCCAAUACCAAAUAUGUUGAGAGAUGCUCUGACUCGUUCUGGUCUCAGCCCUGCAGAAGACGACCCUCUGCUGGCCGAAGCCAAAAAGCAAUACAUUUCAACCUGGAACUUGGAAGCCUUGAAGCAAAACGCCCCUUACCUCAUGAUAGACCAGGUUUGGCCAGAUUUGGGAAUGGUGUACAUGCCAGCUGUGAAUCAGAUGACUGCCAAGGUCCAAAAGUCAAAGUUGGUUAAGGAGGCAGCCCUAAGACUCAAGAGCAUAUGGGAGGAUGUGAACCAAGGCGAGACUUCAGCCAUUACCCAGGAGGGAAGUAUGUUCGAGGCCCUCGCCGAGUUCUUUAACUCGUGGAAUGUGUUUGCUCGCGACGGGCUGAGGCCGGGCGGCGAAGCGAAUUCCGACAGCGGAAACCCCACGCACCGGGAUGGACGGCCGUCGGAUAAGGGACCAGUCAACGUGAACCAAGGCAAAAUUGAGUAAAGGUAUACCUGUCUGUAUACCACGCUGACUAGUAAACCUUACCAGAUAGCUACCUAUUUCCAUAAACUUGCAGUUGUUUUGCUAUGUCUAAAGGCUUUACAAAAGUUGGCGCAUUUUUUCAAUUUUGGGAGUCAAUUGGAAGGUGAGAAUUUCAUGAAAUGUUACAUUAUUCUGUUAACUUUUUUCGCAAGCAAACUUUUCCCCCCACCGAUCUUUUAAAGGUAGAAUUCUUAAUGCUAGCUGUGAUACUUUUGAUAGGGUUGGCAUAUCAGUUACUAGGAAAGGCAGUAUCGGAUGAUAGAUUGAUACUAAGAAUACUGCAUUGUUAGAUGGUUUUGCUAUUUAUUGACAUGUUUUGUUACCAGGGGAGAGCUUUUCUCUCAUAUUUGACUGCUGCAUUAAUUUCGUAGCUAAUAUUUAUUAUCGUUAAUUGAUGCUUGUGUGUGAAAUAAACAGUAUCAGUUUUCAA